AUGAGUACUGAUAUCUCAAGUACUAGAAAAGAGGAUGCUCAAUUGUCAUUGACGGGUAUGGCAACACAACUUGGUAUCAACGCAGCUAUUGCUGUAGUUGUCUAUGCACCGAAAUAUAAGUAUGCUUCAAAAUCAAAACAGCCGCCAGAAAUAGGACAUGGAUUCUUUGCAUGGUUUGGGCCUGUGAUAUAUACGCCAGAUAAUGUCUUGAUUGAAAAAAUCGGAUACGAUGCAACGCUUUUUGUUCAAUUUCUUCGAAUGAUUCGACGUAUGCUUUAUAUCAUGACAUUCAUUGGUGGUAAUGAGAAAGACGUUCGCCCUAGAGAGUGGCCACCUGAACCUGGUGUUGAAUUUUUAUCUAUCUCUACAAUUAAUUACUAUGAUGGCAAGUUUCAUUUCUCCAAUGGAAACUUGAGCUGGUAUUGGUGUCAUGCUGUAGGGACGUGGUUAUUUUCAGUUGUUAUCUAUGUGUUCUUGUGGCGAUUUUAUAUGAAUUAUGUCAAGCUUAGAAAAGACUAUUUUGAAAGCGACGAGUAUCAAAAGUCAAUGCAUGCAAGAACACUCAUGAUAUUUAAUGUACCUCCAUCAAUGAGAAAUGACAAAGCAUUAGCCGAUUGGGUAAACGGAAUGGGACUCAAAUAUCCCGCGCAACAGAUUUGUAUUGGAACUCAAAAUGCGGAACUUGGUAAAUAUGUAGAAGAGCAUGAGGAGGCUGUCAGAAAACUCGAAAUUACUCUUUCCAACCAUUUAAAAGACGGACAAGUUGUUCAAAACAAAAAGAGACCGCUUGUACGUAUUGGUGGAUUUCUUGGUUGUUGUGGUGGAACCAAAGUAGAUGCAAUCAACUAUUAUUCUGAAAAAGUACAAGAGCUACAAGAGAAAACUACAAAAGCAAGAGCAGAGAUCUUUUCAAGUAAAAAGACAAAUUAUGGAUGGAUAUCGUAUGAAAAAGUAGAGUGGGCUCAUGCGAAUGCCAAGUAUCUAGCUUCAGCUGCUUCACCUUUACUUUCUCUACCAAAGCUUUUGACAGACGGACCCAUGCCUACAAUUGAACUUGCACCACAGCCAAAAGAUAUUAUUUGGUCUAACCUAGCCAUGAAUGAACAUGUAAGACGGACAAAACGACUUGUUGUUACUACCAUAUUCUAUGGUUUUGUCUUUUUCUGGUUUAUACCUUCUAGUUUCUUGUCUGCUUCAUCUAAUGUGAAAGGCUUUUUGCGACUCUUUCCUAAUUCAACAAAGUUCAUGAAGGCCCAUCCUACUUUUGUCUCACUUCUUAGCUCUUGGUUCACGCCUAUUGUCAUGGCCAUCUUCUUCUUUAUCCUGCCCAAGAUUUUACGAUUCAUGUCUCAGCAACAAGGAUACAUGACAGGUACAAGUUUGGAUCGUCAAGUAUUAGCAAAAUUGUUUGUCUUUUUUAUUGUCAACAACUUAUUGGUCUUUACUAUUUCUUCUACGCUCAUGUCUCUUUAUGCAGAAAUUCAACAAGCAGCAAAGAAUGGUCAGAAUUUAAACGCUCAUGAUUUCUUUUACACCAUAACAAGCAAUUUGACCCAGGUGGCAAAGAACUUGAGUGAUGUUUCAACAUAUUGGGUGAACUAUGUUUCUUUAAAAGGUCUUGGUGUUAUUGUAGACUUGGCUCAAGUAGUAGUGCUCAUUACCGUGACACUCAGAAAAUUCUUUACUCAACCAAGUCCACGUCAAUUACAAGAAUUUACAAGACCAUCACCUUUUGAUUAUCCUUUAUUUUACAACGUUUUACUCUUCUUCUUCACUGUUGGCUUGAUCUAUUCUGUCAUUGCUCCUUUAGUCUUACCCUUCACACUCAUGUAUUUCAUUCUGGCCACCAUGGUCUUCAAAUAUCUCUUGAUGUAUGUCUUUGCGACACACGUUGAAACAGGAGGUCAAAUAUGGCGACUCUUGUUUAACCGUUUGCUUGUCUCUACAACUCUGUUUCAAGUGGUCAUGAUUGGUGUCUUGAACUUGAAAAGUGCUCAAGCUCCUUCUAUGUGUUUGAUACCCUUGCCAUUUAUCACCAUCAUUUACAAGUUUAUCUGUAGUCGUCGCUUUGAUCCUCUCGUUUACUAUUAUACGCCAAAACAUACCACAGAAAACCAACUCUAUCCAGACAACGAUAUGUCGACGCCUACCACCAAGACAGGCAAGCAUUCGGUUGGAUUUCGAUUUGGCGAUCCUGCAUUUUUCGCAGAACUUCCUGUGCCUAUGGUUCAUGAGCGUGUUCGACAUUUGUUGCCAAAGGUGUACGGCAGUAGUAACAAAACAAGCAAGAAGCCCUUUAUUAGCCGUAUGACAAGACAAAAGAGCGUUCGACAUGUAUCUGUCAUUCAUUUGCAAAACAAUGCAGGAGGUGGUGGAGAACUUCAGUUCCAAAGUGUCGGAGAAAAAGACUUGGAGUUUGAUGAUUCCACCGAAGGUAUCAAAGGCAUGUACAAGUUUAAUGAAGACGAAGAGAGUGAGAACAUAGUAGAUCCCCCUAAAACAAGCUAUUACAGCAAUAGUUUCUCAAAUCAAACCAUUCAUGGUAAUUCAGCUGCUACAAAUCCUCUCCGAAGGCUAAGUAACCGUAUCAAUCAAAGCCUACCUCAUUCAAGUAAUGAUAUUUAUUCUCCUACAAGACCUCUAGUAGCAGGUUCAUCCGAGUCUUACACAGACUCUGCGCAAACAAGUACUUAUAGUCCAAUGCAGACACCUAUGUCAGAAGACAUGGAGUAUUUCGUAGCAGGAAGAGCGUAUCGUACGCAUGAUCCUCAUACUCUUGAUAGCUCAAAUGCCAUUGAAAUGGCUAAUAUGUAUCGUGCUCAACAACAGCCCUAUCAACCACAUCAUCACCCUUCUUUCAGAGAAAACUAUGACCAUUAUAUUCGCAACCCUCUUGCUGCUCAUACUAUAGGACAUGAAAGAGAAGCAAGUCAUUCGCAAUCCAUGAAUAAUCCUUCAGUACAACAUCAUUAUCCAUAA